GGCAGGUGCAGUGCUGGCAGCGCAUGCAGUGAAGGGUUAAUGGGUGUCCCCUCCCUGUGCUCUAUCCCUCUCCAUGCGGAAGUGUGCGCCAGCGCCGAGACAAUGACCGGGUAGCGCUCAGCACCGAGCACAUAGGCAGCAGCAGCAGCAGCCAUGGCGGGCAGUGACACAUGGAGGGCCGCUCUGCGCACCUACUACUGCAUCAAGUUCUCCCUGUCCUUCUACUCCACCCUGUUCUCGCUCAUAGGCCUCUUGAUCUUGUGCAUCGGAAUAUAUGCAGAGAGUGAACGGCGGAGACAUCAAACUUUGGAAGGGAUAUUUCUGGCACCAGCCAUCAUCCUGCUUCUCCUGGGAAUACUGAUGUUUGUGGUCUCCUUUAUUGGUAUGGUCGGAUCCUUAAGAGAUAACUUACUGCUUCUCAAAAUCUUCUUCUGGGUUCUACUUGUCAUCUUCCUCAUUGAGUUUCUCCUGAUUGUCAUUGAACUGGUGUGUGAAACUGAGUUGAAGAAGUUUGCACAUGCGAAUAUACUGGUUGGAAUGAAACAUUACUAUGAUGACUUGGAUUUUAAGAACAUUAUGGAUUUUGUACAAGAAAAGUUUUCUUGCUGUGGAGGAGACCAGUUUACAGACUGGAUGGUGAAUCCAUAUCAUUCGUGCAACAGCACUGGGCCUCUGUCCUGUGGGGUGCCAUACACAUGCUGUAUAACUGGAACGGGCACUGGUGGAGUGAAGAAUACGCUGUGUGGUUACCAGACCCUCGAUAAAGAGAGACUUGACGUUGUGAAUAUCAUCCAUGUCCGAGGAUGUAUCCAUGCCGUGGGCUUGUGGUUAAAUGAUAAUUUUGGAAUUACUUUUGGUUUAGUAGUAGCCGUGCUGGCCCCUCAGGCUCUAGGUCUUGGAUUGUCAUAUCUGUUUUGGACAAAACUAAAGGAUAUUUGUAGUACCUAUGAUGAGACUGACUUCAGAUGCCUGCAGAUAAAAGACUUUAACUUCAAGGAGCUGGACCUGAGUGGAGCCGGCUGCUGUCUUUGCUUUCCACGGGAAGGAGGCUACCUUCCAGUCAAUACGGACAGUGAUGAUGAGAAAACAAGCUAGAAGAUCAUCGGGUGAAACCAAAUCCCCAUGGGAACACACCGGCCCAACCAUGACUUUUAAGGGAUUUCUGACAAUUUUAAGGGGUUGUGGGUUGUCCCAGGGACAGCGCCACUGUUUAUCAUAGGCCGUGUCAAGUAUAGCAACUCAGGCCCACUUUAACAGCACUUGAGAUCUCAGUCUACCACUUUAACAGCACUUGAGAACCAAACUUAUUGCAAUAGACUAUGCCUAUCACAAGGGCAUAUUGAGGAUUUUUAUAAUGCAAUAAAAAAAGAAGUAACUUGACGUUUGAGUACCUGGGACGCCAGCGUACAAUGUUUACAUUUAUGUAUAAUAAUUUCUGUAUCUUAGUUAGAAGGGCUUGAACAUGCCUUGUGCUCCAGCGUAGACAUUCGUCUUGGAAUUGUUUUGCUUCAAAACCACAAUUUUGUUGUAAAGCUCAGGGUUAUUUCUUGAGCUUAUAACUCUGCAUUAGAAGGGUUGUCCAAGAAUACAAAAGCAUGACAGUUUUUCCAAAAACAGCACCACAGGUUGUGUCUGAUAUUGCAGCUCAGACCGGUUUAAUGCUGUUUUUGGAAGGAAGCAGCCAUGUUUUUCUAAUCGUUCACUAGGCACGAAUACUGUAGAAACCCCUAUGUUCACUUCCAGUGGACAAUAACCCUGGUGUAUGUAUAGAACAUAAGUGCUUUGUGGCGUAUAUGAGUCAAAAUAAAUAGUUUAAGACACUUUCUGAGCCAUUAGUAUUAGAAGCAAAAAAAGCCAACAUGUACCGUCUUUAUACCAAUUGUAGUUGUUAUAUUGUUAUACACAAUAACAUGAAACCAGUUUGCAGAAGAUGCAGUAGUUUUUCCCUCAAUAGCUAGUUAUCAUGUUUAUUUUAUCCUUUGCACGCAAAUUUUAAAGGGACAUUAGCAAAAAAAAAGGGCUCCACCAUUUUUCUAGAAUAUGCCACUUUUGUCCAUGGACUGGGGCCGGCUCAGUCCUUCACUUGUUUUGAGAGGACCUGCAAUAUGGUACGUAGCUCAUGCACAACAGUAGCACUGCUUCUAGAAAUAUAGUAGAACCUUCUUUCUUCAUAACUUCUACGGGCAUCACGUUGCCCAUAGCAGCCAAUCAGAUCGCUUCUUUCAUUUUGCAGAGGCUUUUUUUUAAAUGAAAGAAGUGUGCUGAUUGGUUGCUGUGGGCAACCCAGCAACUUUUUCCUUUGGACAGGUUUUGAUAUAUCUCCCCCAUAGUCUUUUUAGUGAACAACCAGGCCAGGUAGCUUGACAGUGGAGUUUAGCAACUGCAAUGUAUAAAGCUUAGUUAUACACAAAAGCUUUCCUUGGUAAGUAAAGAUCAACUGAACGUCUUAAUAAAAUAUUAAUGAUGGGAAAUGAUUACAUUGACCUCAAUGGGGUCUGCUGCGGAACAUCCGCCACAGAAAACUUGCAGCGGGUAACCCGCCCUUAUGAACGUACUCUAAACUAUCCCAGUUGAUCUUGAUGUAACCUUACUACCUCUAUUGUGGCCUGGAUAAAUAAAUACCAAUAUACCUACACCUUCUCAGAGGCUUCUCUCGAGUGUAAUCUUUGUCAUGGACAAGUUAAAAGGUUUUAUGUGGAAUGCAUUUUUUUUAUUUAAUAAAUAGAAUGUUGUGUUUUGUUAAUCUAUGUGAAUAUUAGGUACUUUUUAUUUAUCAAAAUUGUAUUUUUUACAUGCUUUUUAUAUGGAGAAAUAAAGCAAAAACAUUGGCU